AUGGCUUCUACCUCCAAAUUCCAAUUCUCAGUUCUCAUAUCUCUUCUUUUAGUUUUAUUUUUUUGGAGUGUUGAAGGUAAACUUCCCCAAUCAUGCAAGAAAUAUGAGUGUCCCACUUACAAUGUCGUAGAAGCUGGAAAUGGUUAUGAAAUUCGAAAAUAUGAUUCACCUGUCUGGAUUUCUACACCUCCAAUUCAGAACAAAUCUUUCGUUGGAGCUACAAGAAAUGGUUUUAUCAGGCUAUUUAAUUAUGCCCAUGGUAAGAACAAGGAGAACAAGCAGAUUAAGUUGACAGCACCAGUUACGAGUGAAGUCUCUUUUAAUGGAGGAAAGCCCUCCAUUGUUGUGAGCUUCUUUGUGGCAUUAGAGAACCAAAAGAACCCAGCUCUGGCAGAUGGUCUCAGUGUUAAAAGAUGGAAAAGUAAAUUUGUAGCAGUGAAACAAUUUGGUGGGUUUCUGACAGAUUCUAACGUUGGGAGGAUAGUUGCUUCCCUGAAUGCUAGUCUUGGUGGAACCAAACCCUCGUUUGCUUCUAGCAAAAGUUUCAUUAUAGCACAAUAUGAUCCUCCUUUUAAAUUGUUCGAUAGAGUUAAUGAGGUAUGGCUAUUUAAUUAUGCCCAUGGUAAGAACAAGGAGAACAAGCAGAUUAAGUUGACAGCACCAGUUACGAGUGAAGUCUCUUUUAAUGGAGGAAAGCCCUCCAUUGUUGUGAGCUUCUUUGUGGCAUUAGAGAACCAAAAGAACCCAGCUCUGGCAGAUGGUCUCAGUGUUAAAAGAUGGAAAAGUAAAUUUGUAGCAGUGAAACAAUUUGGUGGGUUUCUGACAGAUUCUAACGUUGGGAGGAUAGUUGCUUCCCUGAAUGCUAGUCUUGGUGGAACCAAACCCUCGUUUGCUUCUAGCAAAAGUUUCAUUAUAGCACAAUAUGAUCCUCCUUUUAAAUUGUUCGAUAGAGUUAAUGAGGUAUGGUUCUUGUCUGAGUGA